AUGGAGGGUAGGGAAGGAGUGAAUAGUAGUGGGGUUACAGUGGUGGCAUCAGAUGCUCCGUCAGACUACCAUGUGGCUCCAAGGUCUGAAAACACAACCCAUAACGCCGGAUCAACACCUCCGGCGCCGGUUGCUCCGCCACCGGCGGCGGCUCUGCCGGCGGCUGGGUCUUUGCCGAUGAAGAAGAAGAGGGGGAGGCCAAGGAAGUACGGACCAGACGGGAGUGUGACCAUGGCGCUUUCACCAAAGCCGAUAUCGUCCUCUGCGCCGCCUCCGGUGAUAGAUUUCUCGGCGGAGAAGCGCGGGAAAGUGAAGCCGACCAGCUCAGUGAGCAAGACCAAGUUGCAUGCUUGCAUGCUCGGUGCUAAUUUUACACCCCAUAUCAUCACUGUUAAUUCGGGCGAGGAUGUCAUGAUGAAGAUUAUAUCAUUUUCUCAACAAGGUCCUCGAGCUAUAUGUGUGCUCUCCGCAAAUGGUGUUAUAUCAAGUGUGACACUUCGUCAGCCUGAUUCUUCUGGUGGUACAUUGACAUAUGAGGGGCGUUUUGAGAUACUAUCUUUAUCUGGUUCAUUUAUGCCCAAUGAAACUGGAGGGACAAGAAGCAGAUCAGGUGGGAUGAGCGUUUCUUUGGCAAGUCCAGAUGGGCGUGUUGUAGGUGGUGGUGUAGCUGGUCUGUUAGUAGCUGCAAGUCCUGUGCAGGUUGUAGUAGGCAGUUUUCUGUCAGGAAACCAGCAUGAGCAGAAGCCCAAGAAACAGAAACAUGAUUACAUCUCUAAUGCAACGCCAACUAUGGCUGUUCCUAUUUCUAGUGUUGAUCCAAAACCAAACUUCUCAUCUUCGACUUCCUUCCGUGGAGAUAAUUGGUCUUCAUUGCCAUCGGAUCCGAAAACCAAGACUGACAUUAAUGUUUCUUUGCCUGGAGGUGUGAUCUGA